AUGCCAUCGACGACCCGUUCCCAGAUCGAUCCAUCGCGCGCGGAGAUCUUCUUAAGAGAAGCCUCCAACGCGGACACGUUCGACGCCGCACCGUUACGAAGAUGCUCCGACCCAUCGUUCCCAGCACCCGGGAAGUUUCAAUGCGAACUCACCGUGACUGCAGAGUUGACGAAUCGUUUCGGAACUCUACACGGCGGGUGCGUGGCGACGAUCGUGGACGUGCUCACCACGGUGGCGCUGUUGACGUUGACCGACCGAGGGGGGGUGUCCACGGAUCUGUCGUGCUCGUACGUCGCGCCGGCGGUCUUGGGGGAGCGCGUCCGGGUGGAGUGUGAGGUGAUACGCGCUGGACGGACGCUGGCGUGGAUGGAGUGCGCUAUCAAAAGAAUCAGUGAUAACAGUGUCUUGGCGACCGGAAAACAUACGAAGUUUUUACCCGUAGGAGGCACGUCGAAGCUCUAG